CUCCUUAGGGACGUGCGUGCGAGGAGGAAGCAGCGGGUGUUCAUCAGCCCUUCACCUGCGCAACGUGGGUCAUCCUAUGGCUCUUGGAGGACCGCUCUCCAGGCUGAGAGCGCAGCACGGAGCAGCGCCGUGUGUGGCGCAGGAGGGCCGCCCCGCGCCUCGGCCACGCGCUCAUUCCCGCUCUCCGCUCCCGGCCGUCGGCGCGCGCACCACCGCCCCGCAACGGUCGCAGCGCGCGACCCCUCCCGGCGGGGAAAUGGCCGAGCCGCGCAGCGCCGUGGCCGAGGACAGCUGCUGGAAACGAUACGUGGAAAGUGAACUCGAAACUGCAAGAAGAUGGUCUCACAAAUGGGGAUUCUUGAAAGCGGCUCUCGAGGAGUUGAUUGAAGAUGAAAAGAAAGAAAAAACAAAGCCCACGAUUCAGCUCCCAGAGCAUCUGCGGAUUCGUCCUGUGACACCUGUGGAAAAAUAUAUUAAGGUGAAUCCAUCCCCUCCAGUUCCGAAGACUUCCCAGGGAUUUAUUGGCUGGAGAUCAGCUGUUCCAGAGCUCCAACUUGAACAUUGUUUUCAAAUCCAGAGCUGCAAAGGCGCCUUCUUCAAGGAUCUGAAGUGGCCACGUGAGCCCUCUGACUGACAGCUAGGCACGUAGAAGCACUCGCAUUCCAAAGUUAACAUUUGCUAGUGGACUGUUAAACACCUGUGUAGGGAUCCACAAUCAUCGGGGCAACGUGUGAACAUCAUGAUGUAGCAUCUUGCUUGCUGCAGAUUUUUUGGAACCUAUAGCAUUCAGGCUGUGAAUACUGCUUCAGAGUUGCCUCGUUUCCAAUGGAGCUGCCUGGCUGGUUUAAGUAAAGCUUACAAAGGCCAUUCAGUAAAAUGAAGUCACUUUCAAAAAGCAGUUUUGUUAUCAGAAUUGGUUUUUUUUGCUCAGAAUAUCAGUUUCUAUGCAUAAAUUUCAAAGUAAAAAUACGCUACAAAGUAUUUAUGUUGCUGCAGAUUUUUUAUACCAAUGUUUAUAUCAGUGAGGACUGGAAGGAACUCAGAAACAGACUGUUGAAGUCUAAGUAACUUCAUUUAAAAAAAAGAGAGAGAGAGAGAAGUUAAAUUGGCCUGCAAGUAUUUUCUUGCACUGAAAAUUUCUAAAUACAUCCAUCUUCAUACAUCAUUUAACACGUUUUGUAUAAAAAAGACAAUGUGUUAUCAAAUCACUUCUUAUGGCAAGCCUAUUUUCAGAAAUAUUUGUGUAGAAAUAAACACAUGAACAUCA